CAAAGUGACGCAACGAACUCGACGCCUGCCCAAUAGCUCACUGCUCUAACAAACCGCUCGUUAAAUAAUCUAUAAAUAUGUAAACAAUUUUACCAAUCGCUAGUCACAAAUCAUAACCUCACAAAUUUCACACCUCGUUCAAGGCAGAAAGAUGUGAAGUAGUGAAAGAACGAAUGUAGCUUCAAGUAUUGAUUUUAUUCUCAUCCCUUACGUAUGUACCAUUUUAUAUGAUAUAGCUAUAAAGUGCGUCAUUAUAGAGCGCGUGGAAAACAUGGCAUAGGCACAAGCAUGAUUUUGCCGUUGACAGCUUCCAAAUGUCUUAUGUGAACCAGACAAUGAAACUGCCAGAACUGCAAUUUGGAGUUGAGCGUUAAUCUGGAAUCAAAAUGGAAAUAAAUCCCUUAAGCGUCAUUUUAGUAAAAAGCGAUAGUAAGGGUGAUCGAAUGUUGUUUCGAUAUCCACACGCUGCUAAUCUGGAAAGGGACUCAAAACAAUUUACCAAGAAGAAAAAUCCGUACUCCUUGACAAUCAGUGAGGAUUUGUUACAAUCUAUACCUUUUCCAACAUCUAAUAUAAGUAAUGGAAAUCUCACUGGCUUCUCUGAUGAAGUGUUGUCUACGCUUUUUGCUGUUAAGCCUGAACUAUGUGAAUUGAAGUUUGAACUAAAAGUAAACAACGUACGUUUUGUCGGCCACCCAACUUUGCUACCAUCACGAGGACUAAAAGAUGUCAACUCAUCUAUGCUCUUCAAUAUAGUGUUUGCUUUGCAGGCCCAAGCAAAUCACUCUGUUGUUAAAUGUUAUUACGAUCUCAGUAAAAGGCUUGGAAUUGCUCUGAGACACGAGGAAAAAAGAUGUGGGUUUUUGACGGAUGAGAUAAAAGUAAUGGUUUCAACUCAUGAUGAAGUUGCUGCAAGAUCCGAGGAAGAAAGUGAAUCUGAUGAAUCCCCAUAUGAACUUAUACUUCAGAGAAGUUCGUUAGCCCGGGAUCUAAAGUCUGUUUUUAACAGCCUUAGUACAUCUGGAGUGAUUAACAUCAUGAUUAACAAAUGGAUACAAGUCAGUUUUUGUCUACCGCAAAAAGUUCACCAGUCCCACAAGAAGGGGUUCAUCAUGAACCCUGAAAUUAUAGACAGAUGCCUUGAAAGUUUGCGACCUUAUCAUGGAUUACUGCUUCUAAUAGAGCCCCUGGAUCUAUUGGAGUCACUUCCCGCCGACUCUGCACCAGCCCUUGUUCGUCUUAUUCAAAUGUACAGCCCAUUGAAGAGUCUUCAAACUCUGGCAGCUGAUUCUGAUCUUAGUUUAGCGCAGGUAUUUCAACUAACUGGGCAUUUGGUCUAUUGGGCUAAGGCGAUGAUCAUCUAUCCCCUUUGCGAAAGUAACGUUUAUGUGGUGGCCCCAGAUGCAAUUCUCACAGCUCAAUUACUGGACGCAUUUUCAGAGCAAUUCCCAGGAUUAUGUCUACUACAGGUAAUAAGUGAUUUUUCUUUACCAACAUCGAUAAGUCAGAAGUUGAAUCCACUGAGCCAGCCACAACAACAGACCCAAUUGGUCAAAAUCAUAAUCUGGUUAUUGAAAAAUCAUUUGCUCCUCCAACUACACACCUAUGUGCAGUACAUGCCAACACUAAAUGGCUGUUUGAAGAUGUCAAAUGCGAACCAAGAUGAAUCUCGUCUAGUCAGUACUGCCAAAAAUCAGCAUAGUUGGGAAGGUAAUAAUACUUUAGCUGAUACACCUGGAGAAAGUGACAUAGUAGUUUCUCCUGCAUUGCACAGCACCAAUGGAAUUUUCGAAUAUCAAUCCGACAGUUUUCCAAUUCCUUCAGAGGAUAUGAUUUUACUAGAUAAAUUGUGCCGGCUUGGAUACCUGAAAGGUGGACAUCAUCUUGAGGAAAUAAUGUAUCUCGAAAAUAUUCGGAGAUCUCAAUUACUGCAGAUAUUGGACAAAUUCCGCGAUGUACUUAUUACGUGUGAAACUGAAGACCCGGCAAUUGCGCUAUUUUAUUCUCAUUUCGAUUGUUAAAUAACAAUGGUAUUGGAUUGCCGAUUUUGUUUCGUGCGUACUAUAGUUAUUUGAUAUUGAUGAAUAUCUGUACUCCAUAUUAGUGAACAUCUACAAAAGCUUGAAAAUUUGAACAAGAAUACAUUGUUUUACUUUGUUUAUUCAGAAUUUCCACUACGUCAGUCCCGACCCUCGUUUACGAAGGCUAUUUUUUUAAGGCUUUUACCAUUCCUUGGAAAAUACAUUUUGGAAUCAUACGUUCAAUGAUAUAUUAAUUAUUGAAUGAGUAGUAAUGGAAUGAUAAAUUUGGCGCGAAAGUAUUUUAUUUCCGCACGCGCAAGUUAAACAGCAAUCAAGCCGGUGGGCGGUGACCACUAUCGGUGCUGACGUAACUUUUAUCUGUCACGCCCCUUUUGUAAGUGAUAGUACGUACCUGGCGGUACCUGAUGAUUCAAGUUACCUUUCAUUUCCCUGGCAUUCAGAAGAGAAUGUGAUUGUGAAUGUAAAGAAAUAAAAUAGAGAGAUAUAUUUCGAAAGCACCUUCCUCCAAUCGAAUAUGAACACCACCAUCACAUGGAAGAAGGGCGUAGGUAUCCAUUUUGUAUCCUAACAUUGAGAAAGGUCACAACAAGAAGAGCUCACUAGAAGUGAGACACAAUAUCCUAUAGCAAAUAAAAUAAGAGUUAUCUUAAAUAUCAUACGAUUUAAUGUAUGGUGGCGGGCCAAUCAUCUCUGAAUAAAUAUAUUCUAUUUUUAAUGCAA